GGGCGCGGUGAGGAGGUUCGCUGCCGCGGCUCUCCUCUAGCGCUCUCAUUUUCUGCUGCUCGUCCAUGUGUUUCUGUUUUGUAGUGGAGCAUUUGUCCUGGAAGCUCAUAUUUACAUUUUAAGUGUAUCUGCCGGGAGACCCAGCGCGGCCGGAGCAGCAGCAGGACGCCCAUCGGGACCACGAUGCCCAGGAAGAAGCUCGGCGCCGGCCUCGGAGCCGGGGCGAAGGCGGCGGCCGCUGCGGCCUGGGAGCAGCAGAGCUCGGGCAACGGGACGGCGGCGGCAGCGGCGGGGGCCCGCGGCGGCCCCCCCAGGAAGGCGCGGGGCGGCGCGGCCGCGGGCAGGAAGCGGGAGCGGCCCGAGCGCGGCAGCUCCAGCGGCGGCGGCAGCAGCGGUGACGAGGACGGCCUGCCCGAGCUGGACGGCGGCAGCCUCGGCCCCGGGGCCAAGCGGGCGGCCAAGCCGGCGCCGCCGGGCAAGGCGGGGGCGGGACAGGCCGUCGUCAUCACGGAGCCCGAGCACACCAAGGAGCGGAUAAAACUUGAAGGCUCUAAGUGCAAAGGGCAGCUUUUGAUUUUUGGGGCGACCAACUGGGACCUCAUUGGUCGGAAGGAAGUGCCUAAACAGCAAGCUGCUUAUCGCAAUCUGGGGCAGAACUUGUGGGGGCCACACAGAUAUGGCUGCCUCUCCGGGGUCCAGGUGCGGACGGUGGUCUCGGGGCCCUGUGCUGCUCACAGUCUUCUCAUCACCACAGAAGGAAAACUCUGGAGCUGGGGUCGAAAUGAGAAGGGGCAGCUUGGACAUGGAGAUACCAAGAGAGUGGAAGCCCCCAAACUCAUUGAAGUCCUCAGCAAGGAAGUGAUUGUGUCCGCUGCAUGUGGAAGGAACCACACUCUGGCUUUGACAGAAACUGGCUCGGUGUUUGCAUUUGGAGAGAACAAGAUGGGGCAGCUUGGCCUUGGCAAUCAGACCGACGCUAUCCCGAGCCCUGCACAGAUAAUGUACAAUGGCCAGCCAAUUACCAAAAUGGCUUGUGGGGCUGAGUUCAGCAUGAUAAUGGACUGCAAAGGAAACCUGUACUCCUUUGGGUGCCCUGAAUAUGGUCAGCUGGGACACAAUUCUGAUGGGAAGUUCAUUGCCCGGGCUCAGAGGAUAGAAUAUGACUGUGAGCUGGUCCCCCGCAGAGUAGCCAUCUUCAUUGAAAAGACCAAGGAUGGGCAGAUUUUGCCCGUCCCCAAUGUGGUGGUCCGAGAUGUUGCCUGCGGCACCAAUCACACGCUGGUUCUAGACUCUCAGAAACGUGUUUUCUCCUGGGGCUUCGGAGGCUACGGCCGGCUGGGCCACGCAGAGCAGAAGGACGAGAUGGUCCCUCGCCUGGUGAAGCUCUUUGACUUCCCAGGCCGUGGGGCAGCACAAAUCUACGCUGGCUACACCUGCUCCUUUGCCGUCAGUGAAGUUGGUGGCCUGUUUUUUUGGGGUGCUACCAACACUUCUCGGGAGUCCACCAUGUAUCCCAAAGCUGUCCAGGACCUCUGUGGCUGGAAAAUUAGAAGUUUAGCUUGUGGGAAGAGCAGUAUUAUUGUGGCUGCAGACGAGAGCACCAUAAGCUGGGGCCCAUCGCCAACCUUCGGCGAACUGGGCUAUGGUGAUCACAAACCCAAGUCUUCCACUGCGGCCCAAGAAGUGAAGACUCUGGAUGGCAUUUACACAGAGCAGGUUGCCAUGGGCUACUCACACUCCUUGGUGAUCGCGAGGGACGAGAGUGAGACUGAAAAAGAAAAGCUAAAAAAACUCCCCGAGUAUAAUCCCCGCACCCUCUCCUGAUGCCGGGGGGCAGCGAGGCUGCUGGCAGGCUCUCCAGGCCGCUCCAGGCAGCUGUCAUUUUCAAUGUGCACUGGGACACAAAGAAGGCAGAUGAGAAGAGGUUACAUACAGCGAAAAGGUGGCCCGAAGCUCCUAUUUGUUAGUCUUCCCGAGGUUCCGUUUUAUAAGCAAAUUCAACGUUUACUACCUUUUUACUGUACGAUUUCCAAAGCGUUUCUCGCUCCCUUUCUCUUUCUCCCUUCCCCUACCCCAGAUGUUUAAUUAAAAUAUUUGCUCGUAGUUGACGAGUUAGCAUUCCUAUGAAAAUGGCAGGAACUUUUGAGCCUUGGUUUGGGUUUAUUUCAAUUUGUUGCUUUGCCUUGGGUGGGAAGGGGAGGGGAAGUGUUGCUUUUUGUUCAUUUUAUAUACAUGUUUUUGUUCGUUUAGUUUUUAUUUUUCCACGAGUCCCUUCCGUGUUGUUUUCAGUUGUGUCAUGAAGAUGAGGUUAGAAUUUCUGGCUAGUGAGAAUUCUCUUCCCAUCCAUGGGGUCAAGGUGACUUGGUGAAGAUGUUUCACCCAAAGUCAGCCUUUGUCCUUGGGAACAAGUGUCUUAUGUUGAAAGUUUUCAGUGUUGCCCUUUUCCAGCUUCAGCUCUCUGUUCUCCUUUGGCCUACCUUUGUUUUUUUUUGCUUUAGUUUUAUAAUGGGAACCUUUUUAAGAUCUGUGUGUAUCCGUUUGUCCCUUGUCUUUACUUCUGAUCAAACCAAUGAAUAAGGACAGACUUUCAUGUCAGACUUAGGUCUCUCUCCCCACCCUUGCCCCCCAAGAGUUUUCCCAUGGAGCAUCAGUGAUCCUUGAAGGAGGGGCUGUCUGCCUGAGAGGCAGAGAGAGGUCUUUUCUUUCCCCUUUCAAGUUUCAGCUUUAUGGGACCCCUUGGUGAUCAAGGCCUGGUUGCAAAUAUUUAUCCUUGGAAACUGGUCCGUUGUUGGUGCAGAGGGAAUCGAUUAGUGAUGGAUCGAGCCUUUGUGCCUUUGUCAGUGAAUCUGGGCGUGGGUUUCCUGUGCCCUGAUGUUUUGUUUCUGAGCAGGUCAGACACGGCCCUGAGACCUAGGACUCCGAGGUAUAGUUUUGCUUAGUUCCAAAUGGUGCCAAUGGCCGAAAACCUUCCAGCAUGUCAGAGCAGGAGUGCUUGCUUGUUCCUUGCCCACUGGCCUCAGGUUUCUUUUCUUACCAUCCCCUGUUGUCCCAUGUUGGGAGGGAAAAAAAAGUGGUGCCUUUCUAUAGACCCCUGUUCCAACCCCACGCAGUUGAAAUAGAGCGGCUCCCUCUUGCUCAGGUGUCAGAGGCCACUGAGUUGGGGUGAGCCCAGGUGUAUUUGUGAGCAUCUGUCCAAUGUGCUAAAGUGGGAGGCAGAGCUCAUGACAUUGGGCAAGCAAUUUGUCGGGGGUCUUUUCUAUGCUAUUGUUACCAGUUAUAGAUUCUUUUAAAAUGUUAAAAAUGCCAAAAAUGUAUCUUCAUCCAGUUGUCUUGUUUUUUCCCCCUUGCCACCUUCUCUGGGCACCCUGUAAAAUGAUCUCUCCCUUUGUUGGACGCAAAGUCUAGUGCUUUGGCCUUCCUAAGGGUGACAAAUGGCCAGGAGGGGGAUCCCAUGAUUGCAUAGAUACAUGCCGUGGAAAAAUCUUUUCACCUCUGAAAAAGAGCUGGUCUUACAAAUUCAUCCUGGUGAGAUUCUUUUGUUACAUUAGGAGACAGAAAGGGAAGAGGAUUUUCCAGGGGUAGAAGAAGCACUUCUUAUCACUUCUGCCAUCUUGAGAACUUUAUUCCCUAGAUGUCCUCCUGACCUUGAUUAUUGAUAAUACAUAUGGAACCCCAGUACAAAUCUUGAUGUGGGGUGGGAAGAAAAGAUCAGACUCCUUGGAGGGGGCGCUGUCAGAGACAUGGAGAGCCUUGCUUCCUUGUCGUGUGUUCACCAAGGGGGUUUUGAUUUUGAGAAACCAAGGUUAGAUUUAUUGGGUGCUCAGUUUGGUGUUAUGGGGGUGGGGGGGUGGGAAGGAAGGGACAUUUAUUCAACAGAAUGGGUACUGAUUACAAGGUCCUCACCAGAUAGAUGAUUGGGGGGGAGGGGGGUGGCAAUGUUGGAAUCUGCCAAGAGUGCAAAUACAAAGUAAAUCUCUUAAUUUCUGGUCAUGAUACCCAUGAUGCCAAAGGGACUGAAGCCAGAAAAUCAGUGGGGGGAAGGGUAUAACUAGCCUUUCUGUCUGUUUCUCUACCCCCCUGUUUCCAUUUUUGUAUUGUGAAAUGAGAAUUUCCUAAUUAGCAAAACAAAAGUUCUUUUAUUAGAACAAGGGGUUUGGGGGGAAAAUAAACCAAAAUGUCCUGGACCCCUUUUUUUUCUCUGUGUCCGAGACUUUGUGAAGAGAUGGAAAAUGACCAGAGAUCCAUCACAAAUCAUGUUUUCAAGUGGCUGUUCCCGACCCACCUCCUCUCCCCCAGGAGCCUGCUGCCGGGAGGCCUUGAAUGCAGAGGGGGUAGUCUGGGGUAGGGUGGGGUGGGCAAAAGAAGUUUCCUUGUUUAGUGCUGGAAUUUGUCUUUUUUAUAUAUAUAUUUCUUGGAGUAAAUGUUUUAAAUAAAUGACAUCACUGUU